GUUGUGUGUCGCCUCGACGAUCGGCACGAAAGGUGACGGCACUCAUAUUCACACUCACAGCGGCUCCGUAAAAGAAAGAAAAAAAAACUUGUUUUUCUCUAGAAAUUUAAUGGCUGCACAUGUCCACCGCCACCACGCCGGUUGAGCUCGUUACGGUGGGCAGAGUGCCUGCACGAGAGAGGGGACUGUUCACUGGCGUCGCGCCUUCCGUGGUAGAGGUCUUUCCUAGCGUUUUCCUCAUCGCCAGCAUCGUUCGCACGAAGAACCAGUGUAUUUUGGAGCUUGUCCAGCCUGCUGGGAAGAGUGCUGCUGCGACCAAUACAACCACGGUUUCGCCUGCUCUCAAUAGCUUCAAGACCAACUCAUCACGAGUGUCUCCAUCGUCUUCUUCGUUGCCAGAGGUGCAACGCCGCCUCUGUGAGGCCGACGGCGUUCCCCGAGGACCUACACACCCGACCUCUGUGGCGGUACCCUUCGCGCUCAAAGCCGGAUUUCGUGUUCCGCGAGUUAUUCACCUCGUGGCGGAGGACGAAGGCGUCAUUGAAACCGUCACCCUCGUGCGCGAUCCACUCGGGGCAGCCUUCGUCGCGGCGCUGGAAGAGGAGGACCGCGCCACAUCCGUGAACCCGCUGCGCGACACCGCCGCCGCUGGUGCUGCGUCGUCGAUCCCGUCCGUCCACCUCGUCCACAUUCACUUUUUUAUUGGCACGUCGAACGGCACCGUCAUCGUGGGCAACGCGCUGCGGGGAACAAUCCUCGCCGUCGCACAGUUCCAGUACCACCACCUCUUCUCCAGAGAGGCUCGCGGCGGCCGUAGCACCACCACCUCUACAGCUCCACUGGACGGAGGCACAAGCGAUGGGGAGGCGGAGGGGGCCCAGGGUGAUAGCAAGAGGUCCCUAAACAACCAAGCGGUCGUGAAGUUUGUGGUGCGCGAGAAGCGAGAGGAGCAACUGUGGAAUCCGUCGCUGCCCUUCUCACAGGAGAAUAACAUUUUCGUUAGUCAAGACGGGUCCGUUCUGUCCAAGAAGGCUGCUGCUGCCGAUGCCGCAUCACCUACUGUUGGGUCCCGUGUGGCCUCCGUCUACGUUGUGCACAGCGGUGGAAAGGUGGUGGAACUGACCCGCGCGGCGUUGGACGCGUUUGUGCGGUCGUCGGUAGACCGCCUCGACGGCCGCCGCCCUCACUUGAUUCUGGAGUGGGACGCGGACACGUCCGCCAGCUCCUUCCCUGUCGCCGGGCCCGCUAGCGACUUUGCGGCCCACAUCGGCCAUAUUUUUGUGUUGGAGCCCCCGUCCUCUAAUUCCCCUAUCGAAGAGCACACCGCAACGAGCAAGUCGGCUUCCCCGCAGUCCACGCUCUUCUCCAUACGCGACGCCGAUAUCUUGACAGAGAUGCCGGAGGCGACGGCGCUGCUCGCCCCGUUAGAAGCACAGCGACGCCCGUUCGAGUCGCUUUUAAUAGGCGGCAGCAGCCCACUCUUUUCCUUUUACCGACUCCAACCGCAUUCCUCUGGCUUUUCUGCUUCCAACGCGGUCAAGGCAGUGAAGAACAUGGUGACAGGCGUGGCGCGCACAUUGUGGUUCAGCGCGUUGGGCACCACAAGUCCAAUCGAGCGUCCCCCGCACCUGAAGAAGAUUCCGACGCCCGAUACACGACGGUUUCUGCAGGCAGAUGCGAAGUGUGUCGCGCUGCAAAUUGACCCCUCUCAGCAGUACGCCGUCUUCGCCGUUGAGGGCGGUGGACGCAUAUACGUGGCGGAGGUGCAAACGGGCGUCAUCAGCGGUGUUCUGAAAGGAUGUCGCGCCGCGCAGUUUACGUGGUGGUGGGUGGACAGUGCAGCGGGCAGACCGGCGCUGUUGCUGAUCGUCUACCUGCCGUUGCGUCGCGCCGUGGAGGUGUACACGCCGCGGACGUGGGAGCGCCUGGCAGCGUGUCACGUGCCGGAGGGCUGCGUUCUUCUUCGCACUUGUGGCGUCCCGAGGGAGCGCUGUGAUGAUGCGGGGGCGAGCAGAGGCCUUCUGAGCGGCGGCAAGCUGGCGCCGAGCGUCUGCAGCGGGUGUGGCAGCGAUGCCCUCUUGAUGGACCCCGCAGGCACCGUGUACGCGAUUCGUGUUGGCUGGGUGCUGAAGGACAUCGUUGGAAAUGCUUCGUUUUUACAGCCCAUGCCGUCCCUCUCCGCUGGCGAGGCCACUACCACUUCCACGUCAGCAAGCGAUGAGGCGGCGCUGCUGAGCUCUUCGGUGCUGCGCGCGUGUCAAACCCCCGAUGACUUCGUGGAACUGGCGCUGCAACUCCCGUUGCCGCAGCCGCGUGUGGUGUGGGAAGACAGCGUCGCGCCAACUUCUCCGGCAGAAGACGGUUCUUCCUCUGGAGAUACGGCGGCGGUGGUGAAAGCCUAUGCGGUGAAGGGCGGCGACGAGGUACGGCAGUACAGUAAAUCUUUGGAGCUUCUCUGCCAUACGGUGCAACGCCGCUUCGCGCCCGGCUACGCGGAGAUCUUCGUGGCGGCGAUGCCAUGCACACCACAGCUGGUGUUGGAAGGCUCGGCAGCUGCUGUGCCCCACAACAUGACUGCUGCGCAAUGCUUACACUACGUGCGCACCUACCGCUCCCUCACGGAGAACUAUUAUCGACUGCUGUCCUGUCGACGGGUGGCACCGUCGCGCUACUUCGACCCGGCGCAGUGGACGUCCGGCCUCAUCACACCCGAGUUGUGGAAGGAGACCUUUUCCACAGCCGACAGCGCCGCCACGGUCGCCUUUGUGCGGCACAUGGAGGAGCGCAUGGAGGCCCUUCUGGCCGCCUUUCCCGCGGAGCUGCAUGUCUUUAAGAAGUACUUCGCCGCGCACUUAUACCAGGUGUUGCGCAAGGUGCCAUCUCUCACCACAGCGGCGGCGUCAGCUACGCCGUGCGCGUUGGCUGAUCCUGCCUCCUUCAUGCCGCUCGCCACCUUCCUCCAUUGCUUUUACUGCGGCACAACCCGUCCGUCGUUUCUCUGCGACGCCAUCGAAGCCGCUGAGGACGCCGACGGCAGUAUCAACUUCCUCGGCCCCUUCUCCGAUCUGGCCUUUGGGAAACUCGGCCUCAACAGUUUCUUUGCGCAGCUCCCCGUUCUCACCGAGCUGGGUUGCACCGACGGUGACGUGGCCGUCCUUACGGUCACCUGGAUCUCCCGCCAAGGCGGCCGCAACCUGUGCUCGCUGCUCUCGAGCACCACCGUGGGACUCCUCGUCGCGAUCCUUCUGAGCUUCUCCGACGGCGAUUUUCUCUUCGCACUGGAUCGGGCGCCUAUCCCAUUCAUCUCGGUCGAUGGGGAUAUUGCGACGAACACCGCGGCGAACAGCAUCACGAGUCUGCUGUGGUGCUGUGCCGUUCGAUGCGCGCUUCGGCCGAGCACGUCCUUCAUCACCGGGCAACACUUCACUCGUCGCGUGCGACAGCUCCUUCAGUUGUGGUACUCACUGACGAAGGGUGUUGCCCCUCCUGCAGCUGCGUCCGCACCGGCUUCAGAUCCGAUCAGCAGUCCUUGCACCGACGCACGCAUUGCCUUUUCGCUACGCCUCGGCAGCGUGGAGCCGCCGUCGUUGCCGCUGACAUCAACGGCCAGCGUUGCCGCUUCUGCUGCCGACAGCAGCGGACUUCGCAGUCGUGCGGUGCAAACAGAGGGCGAUGCGUUCGAGGUGUAUCUGCAGCGCAACGGCAUCUCCGUCUCCCUUCUGGACGACUACGUCAUUCCGCGUGCCGACGCAGACGCCGAGGCCGUGCGUAACCUGCCGCUUUUUUACACUUUUAUCUCCUCCCUCGGCGCAACGGAGAACGUGCGCAGCCGCAGCAGCGGCGCCUGCGACAGCCCGGACGUUGUAGAGUCCCUUCCAUGGAUCGAUAGCCACAAGUGGGAUCAGGAGCGCUUCCGUAAUGACGUCACCAAGCCGCUAGAGAACCUGUGGUUGCAACUGACAAGCUCGGCAACUGGCAAAAGCAAAAGCCGCAGCCUCAAGACAACGUUGCGAGGAGCAGCGGCGGACGAUGAAAGCCGUCAAUCCGUGUACACAUCCUGCCUGCUGCUCGUGGCGAUGAGUGUGCUGGAGCACGCCACUCGCCCUCUCACGGACGUGGCCUUCUUCUUUUGGGACAACAACGCCAUCCCAGACGGCAACCUGUUCCCUGUGGACGGCGCCCCAGAAGGUCUCAUCCUGUUCGGCAGCCGCACAUCGCGCGAGUACCUGAAGAGUGUUCAGAAGCUGGCAGCGCUUAUUGAGAGCAUGCUCCAGCAAGCCGUCGCGCCCCUGGGGAACGCAGAUCGUGUGCGGCUUAUUCAGCAGAUCAACAUGGCACUCUCCGAGGACGACGCGUUGCUCUUCCCCCUCGUGCCGAGCUUUCUGCGUACGCGACUCACGAUUUUGAUGCAAGUGCUCGCACAGGCCCCGCACGCGCCGUUGCGGCGCGUUCAACGCGUGAGCCGGCUGGUGUCUCUGCUUCUCUUUUUUUCCGAAGCCUCCGCCUUAACGAUGGGCGGGGUGGCGCUUACGCAGCUCCAGUCGCAGAUGGCCGUUCCGUGGAAGGAGCUGAUCGGUGGCGCGAACCGCCGUGACCAGCUGCGUCUGCUGCCCGACGUCUUCAUCGCCGAGGUCAACCUCCCUUCUCCGUCACAACCGGCGCUGGCGCAAGGCGCAGGGCUUGCGCUCUCCGCCUACGCCAUGGAGGAUGAGCAACCGACGAGCGCACCCUUGGACGUGGGCGUGGCAGUGGCAGUGAUGCGGCGCUUUCUCGUAGCGGGCAGUGUCCUCUACGGCCAGCAACGCGGUAAUCUGCCCUCUCCGUCCUCUGCUCCUGCUGCGGCUGCGGCUGUAUUCACACCGACGCCGUAUCUCGGUUUAGUGGCGGACGACACACGGCAAUGCCUCACCCGACUGGCGCACUGCCUCGGAUUGCACGAGGCAUGGUCUGACGUGGCUGAUAUCGUUCUCAUGGACUACGAGAUCAAACACCUCUUUCCUGUCGCGGCGAUUGAGCAGGAGAUGCUGCUGCUCUCCACCAAGUCGGCCGCGCCGCGCAUUGGGGUGUCGCUGCUGCAGUGCUACCUAGUGCAGGUCCUUCAGCACGUGACGACGCAGCGGAAGGGUCACAGGCAGCGCGGCGACCGGGCGGCGUUCGAGGUGUCUUCGGACAACCUUCGUCGGCUGGUCGACGCGCUCUCGGCAGAGAGUCGCGCGUGGCUGCAGCAGCGAGAGACAGAGAUGAUGGCAGCCGACACAGAAGGGAAGGCAGCCGGAACGGAAAUGAGUCACACCAGACUUUCUUCUCCUGGUUCCUCUACAGGCGUGAUAGCAUCGGCGGACUCGUUGCCGAUGGGCGAUGCAGGUUGGGUGACGGUGACGGAGUUUGAGGAUAUGCGACGUCUUGUCCUCUCCACGCUUGGGCUCCCGAAGGGCACGCCGGAGCGGAAAAACUUUUUCCAAGUCCUCUUCACGCUGUCUCAGUGGGCGUGUGAAGGGCGUCUCACGCUGCCGGCGCCUCUCCAGCGUAUUGCGCGCGAGCUGCCCCAGGUAGUGGAAAAGUGGGAGAAGAUCGUGUAA